CACAUAGUACGACACCGUUCAAGGACAAAAAGCAAGAGAAGAAGGAGAGAGAGAAAUCAGCUGUUCAGAAUCGUCUCACUGUGACUCUCACAGUCACACAGACUCCAGCUCACUCUCCAGACUGCGGUCAUACAGUCAGGUGUGUCGGUGUCUGUAUACCAGGUCGUACAGCUGUAUACAAUAACGAGAUGUGGCCCAAAAUCAUCGAAAGGUCUUUGCUGACACUCGCGACCCGGCAACGAGCGACACAUAAUUGCUUCCAGGUCAUCAUCUCCCGUAGGAGCAAAACCAACUACGUAGGGGUACUCUCGGCUCCUUUUAAUAAGGGACAGCGUCGGCCUGGAGUUAAAGACGGCCCAACGGCAAUUAAGGAGACGGGCGUUCUUACACGUCUUCAGGAAAUGGGUGUCGUUGUCAAAGACUAUGGCGAAGUGCCCAUGGACGCGACAAAAUCAGCUCCCAAGAGCCCGACGAAAGGCGGCGGUCAUGAGGUUCCCUUAGGUCCUGAUGGCGAACGAAACCACACCGCCGUCCUCACUUACAACCGAAAAUUGGCUUCUUCGGUUGCCACGGUCGUCAAGGAGGGCGCCCUGUGCCUCACCCUCGGAGGAGACCAUUCCAUAGCCAUCGGAACCAUCAACGGACACGCCCAAGCUAAUCCAGACCAUCAGGUGGUGGUGCUGUGGGUCGAUGCUCACGCGGACAUCAACACCGGAGCCUCUUCGUUGUCAGGCAACAUGCACGGGAUGCCGGUCUCCCACCACCUGAGGGAGGUCAAGGACAAGGUCAACCGCCUUCCGGACAAGUGGCCGGAACCAAGUAUAUCUGCCAACCACAUCGCCUACAUCGGACUUAGGGAUCUCGAUGAUGCUGAAAGGGUAUUACUGAAGGACCUCGGUGUCCUGGCUUACGACAUGAGGGAGGUCGACAAUGUCGGAAUCGAGGAGGUCAUAAGGCACUGCCUUGAGGUACUCCAGCCAUCGGGGACUCGUCCCCUUCACGUAUCGUUCGACAUCGAUUCCCUAGACCCAGCUGAAGCUCCGAGCACAGGAACUCCAGUCCGCGCCGGCUUAACCCUCAGGGAGGGCCUGAAGAUCGUCGAGGCAGCGAGGGACACGGGCUUCCUGAAGGCCUUCGACCUCGUGGAGGUGAAUCCAGAGCUGGGGAAGAAGGACGACGCCCUCCUGACGGCGGAAGCCGCGAAGGCGGUUUUACUAGCAGCGCUGGCUGGACGGAGAGGAACAUGAAGUGGAAUUUUGGUUGUGUAGACUUAUUAAUACACUACACACGUACAUACACACACACUUUCUUAUGCAUUGGCAGUAUCAUAGGAACGCCAUGACUUUUACGUAGGGCUAAUUGGUGCUUAAUUGCUUUUAUGUAAUUUGAAACACAGCUGUGAUUAAUUGAUUAGUCUAAUUUCAAGCAACACUAAAGUGAUUUUUUAUUAUUAUUAUUUCAAUUCGUUCUUCCGAUUUUAUCUUUUGUUUUUAGUAAUGACACCAAUAUCGUAUAUUACCCGCUUGUUGUUUAACUGUAUCAAUCAUUGCCAUAUUUGUUACAGUUUCCUAAGGAAAUAGGUUUAUUCCACAUGAAUUAAGGACACGACAGAAUACAGUAACAGUUGACACCAGUUUACAGUAUACAGUAUUACAGUCAAUUGCGCGUUUAUAUAAAAAAUACGAUGUAUUUUAGUCAAAACUGUUUUAAAUAUGACUUACGAACCGACGAACAAUAUACUAUUAUUAAUUCUAAGAUUAUUCUGUGAACAGAAUGAUGCACAAAAUAUUGUUCGAUUAGGUCUAUAAGUUCGUAUUGGCGGAGGUUUGCGCUCUCUCGUUGCUUUCUAGGUCAGUUACAUUUUUCUGUGAUGUUAGGAAGACGGAAAGGACUCUUUAUACAUAAGAAUUUCUUUUUCCCUGAUACUUGUUUGUGACUUAAUAGAUUUUAUUCUGUAGUAUAAGUUUCUCAAUAAAAUUGAAAGUGUUUUAA